AUGGAUUCUACUACUCUCGUUACUUUUCUCUACAAAUCAAGACCGGAUGUCCGCACAGUAGAACUCUUCGGAUCAUGGGACAACUUCUCAAGACCGUACCGCAUGCAAAGCGAUGGACAUAGAGGUCGUGGUGUCUGGACUGGCUGCCACUCAUUCGAGAACAUUAUCUGUGAUGGUGAUCGCAUCAACCAGCUAAGACCUAGAAACGGUGCCUUGAAGCAGGGUGGAACCUACUGGUACUAUUACAAACUGGACGAUGCCGAAGAAGCCUGCGACUCAACUGCCUUGACUACAUGUGCAUGCCCACUGCUACCUGGUCAGAUGGUCAAUGUACUGGAAAUCCCUGUCGAAGUUAUCGAAGCACCUCAACGAGUCUGCAGCGCCUCGGCCGACAAGCCAACAACUAUGGAAAUCCCCAUGACCAUCAAUCCCGAAGACAGAUACAAGAAGAUCUACAGCAAGCCGCCUACCAAACUCCCUCGCUACUACUGCUCUAGUGACGCAUUGCGGGAAAGAUUUGCAGCGGAUGCAACAAUGUCGAGGGACCUUAGAUUUAAGGAACGACCUGCUUCUCGAGGUGUUAGAUCUAUCAAGCGCGUUCGUCGCGAGGAACCCGAAUACCAAAGACCUGGUGCUUGUCAGAUUGAUGCUUCUUGGGAUGACAUCGAAGCGCUUGCCAACAUGCCCGACCUGAACCAAACGAUGAACCACCUGCCAGAGCUCAGGCCCUUUGCUCCUUGCCCUAGUGCCUCACCAGAAGAGAGACCAAAGAACACACACCGUCUUAGUCAGGGAAUCGCAAUCGAGUUUGACGAAGCACCAUCACAAAUACCUCGGUACGACGGCGCCUACGACGAACCUCAAUCCACACAAUGGCCUCUUAGUCCCCCAAUGUCUGAACUCGCAGAUGAGGAGAACUGGCCCUUGCCACCUUCGAACCGCUUUCGACCUGCUUCUUCCCACACACCACUUCACGGCCCAUCAACGCCAACCUCUGCAAUUCCAAUUCUAAAUCUCAACAGCCAGCCCCGAACCAACACAUACCACCAGCCUCUCACAUCACCAGCAUUUUCUUCUUCAGUCACAUCAGACGACUUCCACCCAGGUUUCGGACCCAGCAAAAGCAUACCCGGCAGUUUCGACAUGGCCUCUCCAACCUUUACAGCCGACACCCUCGACUCGUCAUUCUCCUCUAGCCUCACAACGCCUGAUCGCCUCAGUUUCCGCCUCGAUGACCCUAGCCACCAGCACUCCCAAACGUCGGAUGUCGACACCACAAACUUCCACACCGGUCUCGAAGACUUGAGCCACCGUCUCUCCGCCCUCUCCACAUAUCCACCCUCAUCUCACUCAGACGACUCCAGCGAUGAACACCACAACAAGAGACCAGAUUUCCUCUCUUUCUUCCCUCCCGCCGCGCAGCCUUUGUAUCUCCAAAACGUACAGGCCCGCCGCAGCAGAAGCAGUGGUGACUGCGAGCAAAAGUCCAAUGCGAGCUGUUUGACGUUGAAACCUCUGGGUACUGCGAGGGGAGAAAGACCGUUCUCUUUGUGUUUGCCCGUGGGGGCUGGAGCAUGGGAUGCAGAGGAUGCAGGAUUCAGUAGCGAUGUUUUGGGGGCUUUGGGGUUGGCUUGA